AGUACUUAGUUGAACUGUUGUGGCAUUGUGGGAAGGCGGAAAAAGGCUCAAAAAACGUACGGGAAAGCGACGAGUGCACGUUGGACAUUCAGACAAGAAGAAUAAUCAACCACAAAGACAUCGUUUUCUUUACACGGAAUAAAGAAAAAUGUCCAUCGGCGUACCCAUCAAGGUCCUGCAUGAAGCAGAGGGGCACAUUGUGACCUGUGAGACCAACACUGGAGAAGUGUACAGAGGCAAACUGAUUGAGGCUGAGGACAACAUGAACUGCCAGAUGUCCAACAUCACAGUGACUUACCGUGAUGGGAGGGUGGCACAGUUGGAGCAGGUGUACAUUCGCGGCAGCAAGAUCCGCUUUUUGAUUCUACCUGACAUGUUAAAGAAUGCUCCUAUGUUGAAGAGUAUGAAAAACAAGAACCAGGGGUCGGGAGCAGGACGGGGCAAGGCUGCUAUUCUCAAAGCACAGGUGGCUGCACGGGGUCGAGGCCGUGGAGGAAUGGGAAGAGGCAACAUCUUCCAGAAGAGACGAUAACUGCUCUGGAUUUAAGAGUGUUGCAUUGUAUAGUCCUUUUUGUUUUUAACAUGCUUUUCUUCCUUGGAUUGGAUAUCUUGGGUAUUGUUUUCAAUCUCAUGCUUUGCAGUUUAUUGUUAAUUUCAUUUUUUAUGAAAAUAAACACUUCAAAUUGAUGUGC